UGUUUCAAGUUCCCCCAGUAGAAACUGUGCCUGAUUUGUGGCCAAUGCUGGAGAUGUACGAAAAGGGAGGAAAACACUAAGCGGGUAGCUAUGGAGAUAGACCGUUUUCCUGGCCGCUUCCUUUGACAGGUGUUGAGUAGGUUAAAAGUCUUCAAACAGAGUCCACCAUGUACGCCAAAGGGAAAGGAGCUGUCGUUCCAUCCGAUAGUCAAGCCAGAGAGAAAUUAGCUUUAUACGUGUACGAGUACUUGUUGCAUGUUGGGGCCCAGAAAUCAGCACAGACCUUCCUUUCCGAGAUCCGAUGGGAGAAGAACAUUACGCUAGGGGAGCCCCCUGGAUUCCUCCAUUCAUGGUGGUGUGUAUUCUGGGAUUUGUACUGUGCCGCUCCCGACCGCCGUGAGACCUGUGAGCACUCCAGCGAGGCCAAGGCCUUCCACGACUAUAGUGCAGCAGCAGCUCCCAGCCCUGUAAUGGGCAACAUGCCCCCCAACGAUGGCAUGCCAGGCGGACCCAUGCCCCCUGGUUUCUUUCAGGGGCCUCCCGGCUCGCAGCCGUCACCACACGCACAGCCUCCCCCACACAAUACCAGCAACCCCAUGAUGGGACCACACGGCCAGCCUUUCAUGUCUCCACGGUACCCCGGUGGACCACGGCCGUCUCUUCGCAUGCCAAAUCAGCCUCCCGUAGGAGUUCCAGGAUCACAGCCACUCCUGCCAAACAGUUUGGACCCAACCAGACCACAAGGACAUCCUAACAUGGGCGGUCCGAUGAGAAUGAAUCCUCCCAGAGGGAUGGGUGGCAUGGGUCCUCAGAACUAUGGUGGUAUGAGGCCUCCUCCCAACUCUCUCGGUGGUCCAGGCAUGCCCGGAAUGAACAUGGGACCCGGAGGACGUGGCCCCUGGCCAAACCCCAACGCUAACUCGAUAGCAUACUCCUCCUCGUCUCCAGGGAACUACGUGGGUCCUCCAGGAGGAGGCGGUCCACCAGGAACUCCCAUAAUGCCAAGCCCAGGAGACUCCACAAACUCCAGUGAAAAUAUCUACACAAUGAUGAACCCUAUCGGACCAGGAGGAAACCGACCCAAUUUCCCCAUGGGUCCCGGUCCAGAUGGCCCAAUGGGCGGCAUGGGCGGCAUGGAGCCGCAUCAUAUGAACGGGUCGUUAGGCUCUGGUGACAUGGAUGGGUUGCCAAAGAACUCCCCCAACAACAUGGCGGGCAUGAACAACCCACCGGGCACACCGCGGGAUGACGGAGAAAUGGGAGGCAACUUCCUCAACCCAUUCCAAAGUGAAAGUUAUUCACCCAACAUGACGAUGAGUGUGUGAUUUCUUCGUGUUUUAUCAUUUUAUUUGGGGUUUUCUUCUUUUGUUUUCGUUUUCAAACCCCCUCCGUUCCUUCUCGACCCCGUCCCCUCGUCACGUCGACCGACCCCCGGCACCCUGGCUUUUUCUGCACAGCCUUCUGGGAUGCCCCACGAGCAGAGGACUCACAUGAAAGUGGCCCAUCCCAGCUUGUGCAAAAUGGCCAGCGGAAACAGGAAGCAGCCCCAGAGCCACAGGAAGAGCUUGUUGACUGAAUCUCCCUGCCUCCCGGACUUCCUCUCUGGUUCAGGACACUAGCGAGGCUGAAGGCAGGUGUGUGUGUGUGUGUGUGUGUGUGUGUGUGAGGAGCUUCACGGGCUGCUCACGUUAUGAUCUUUACGAACUCACUCCACUUUUUUUUUGAUUCUUUCUUUUUAAAAUCUUGAAUGGAUGCAGUCGUUUUUACAGUGGAAAAUAUCUGCACCUUUUUCCUCCGUUUUAUUGUGUAAAUGCAAGAGGGAUCUCGUCACGACGGGUUCGCCGAUGGACGUUUUCAUUAUUCUGUGUAUGUAUUGUAUUAUUA